AUGACGCCGGUGCGGUCCCCUCGGCGACCCAAGACCUCGGAGGGGUGCCAGCGCCGGUUUUCGGGGCACAACUUGGGUGCCACCGCGCCUUUGGAGGACCGGUCGCCCAACCCGCUGCCGCCCAGGCCCAGCAGCAGCUGCGGUGGCAGCCGCUCCACCACGGCGUCGCCGGCGCCGGGAAGUCCGCGGCCUCCUUCCUCACCGUCCCCAGGCCAGGCGUCGCCUUUGUCGCGGCGGGCCUACGACCUGAAGCCGCGGGUGCCCUCGGCGCGCGCGCCGUCGCCCUACCAGGCGAAUGCCACGCCACCCAUGCAGAAUGCCGCCCUGCUGGCCCGCAUCACACAGAUGCGGUUCCCGGAGGCGUCCUCAGUUGUGCAGAGCCUCCUGGACAUUGACGGCCCAGAAGCCCACGAGCUGCCGGUGCUCUGCGACGCCUUCCACGGGCGGCUGGGGGAGAUCUUCAGCACGCUGCCGCUGGCCUCCCUCAGCCAGGCGGCGGAGUUGUUGGUCUCCCUGGCGGAGUUGGCGGACAAGAGGAUGCCCGCACUGAAGCCGGAGGCGCAGCUGAACGGCAUCAUCGAGGUGCGGCUGAACUACUUCAUCCACCAGUCCACCAGGAUCCUGGACACCAAAGUGGACAACAGUGUGCACAAGACGCGGCUGGAGCAGGGCGGCAUGCUGCAGGAGUUGGAUCAUCUGCUGAAGUGCUAUCAGCAUGCCGAGAACUUGGCCCGCGAGGGAAUCGCCUCGCUGAAGAGCGUGAAGAAGGCCCUGGAGCACUUGCUUCGCCUCGUGGAGAACGUGCCGCUCGUGGACCUGCAGCACCGCGCCGGGGAGCUGCGGUCCACGGGGGAGAGCUGCCUCGAGGAGCUGCUCCUGGCCCGGAUGCGCCAGGUGUCGCUGAGGAACCGGCAGCAGGUCGAUUGUAAGCUGGUGGCGGAGGCGCUCUUAGAGAUCCACCGCAAGCUCGACUUGCCCCAGCUGGAUCGGGAAGUGGAAGAUACCAUCGCUUGGGAGGUCCCGGCGAUGGUCAAGAUGUGGUCGCUGGACCGUCUUCAAUUUGAGUGUGAGACCAAGGCUGGCCUCCAGAUCUUGGCACAGGCUUCCAGCAGAGUCUGGGAAUGUGCCAACGCAGAGGUCAGCAACAGGCUGCUGGGGUGGGUCUGCGAAAGCGUGUCCAACCUGCGCCAGAGCCGGAACCUGGACACGGCCCAGGCAGCGAUUCUCCGCUGGAAGAAGAUGACUCAGAGAGCCAUUGGCUCCGGGCUGGUGAUCUUUGCGCCCGAAGCGCGGACACAGACCAUUGACAUGUUUUCGAGGUGCUACGAUGACUUUGUGAGCAGCCGCGACUCCUCUGCUUCUGCGGAUGAGAUUGACCGCCUGCUCUUUCAGGUAGCGGUUAUCAUGGGAGUGGAUCGCAAGGGUGACGCCGAGCAGCUCAGAAAGGCAGGCGGCUCGGCGCCGACUCCUCCCAGGAUCCGAGUCUACGGCUGCUAA